GGGGAGCUGCGCGCGCACCUGCGCCAGGCCCUGCUGCCCGCCUGGGGCUACAGUUCUGACAUCCAGUUUGCAGUAACACUGAACAGCAAGGAUGCCCUCACUGAAGAUGAAAAGACCUUGGCGGAAUAUGGGAUUGUUUCUGGGGACUUGAUAUGUUUAAUUCUUGAAGAGGCCACUGAAGACUUGCCCACAGCUUCAUUUGGUUUAGCACAUUCCUCAUUCUCCAGUAAUCACGAUCAGCCCUCUUUGGCCAUCAACCAGAGUCUGUCCAGCAGGCAAGGUGAAAGAGAGCUGAAUGACCCUGCUGUCCAGAGUGCAGAGAACAUGCCAGGAUCCAGCGUAGAUUUUGAUUCUGGCUUAAUUCAGGAGGAUGUGGAUAUGGAAGAGGGCACCGGGGGCUACCCCUCGGAACCAAUGCUGUGCAGCGAGGCCGUGGAUGGGCAGGUGCCUCACUCCUUGGAGACGCUGUACCACUCGGCUGAGUGCAGCAGCACCAAUGAUGCCCUGAUCGUUCUGGUGCAUCUGCUGAUGCUCGAGUCUGGCUAUAACCCCUUGGGGACUGAAGCAAAAGCUGUAUCCAUGCCUGAGAACUGGCGAUCGGGCGGCAUCUAUAAGUUGCAGUAUACGCAUCCUCUCAGUGAAGAUGGCACUGCCGCGCUCACUUGUGUGCCUUUGGGGAGCCUCGUAGUCAUCAAUGCUACAUUGAAAAUCAACAAUGAGAUUAGGAGUGUGAAAAGAUUACAGCUGUUGCCAGAAUCUUUUAUUUGCCCCCAGAAACAAGCAGAGGAACAGGUAGCCAGUAAAUACAAAGACCUUCAGAAGCUCUCUCGGCUUUUUAAAGACCAGCUGGUCUACCCGCUUCUAGCUUUUGCCCGACAAGCUUUAAACCUGCCUGAUGUAUUUGGUUUAGUCGUCCUUCCAUUGGAAUUGAAACUCCGGAUUUUCCGGCUCUUAGACGUCCGUUCAGUCCUGUCUCUGUCUGCUGUUUGUCGUGACCUUUUCAAUGCUUCAAAUGACCAGCUCCUGUGGAGGUUUAUGUACUUACGAGAUUUUCGAGAUGGUGCGGUCAGACCUCGAGACACUGAUUGGAAAGAACUCUACAGGAAGCAAAAACAGAGGAAAGAUGCCCUGAGAUGGAGGCACGCCAUGUUCCUGCCCCCUCCACCUCACCCCAUGCCGUUCCACCCCAGCCCCUUCUACCCCAGCCCCUUCCCCCCUAACCCCAUGUACCCCCCAGGGAUUAUUGGUGGUGAAUUUGAUGAGAGACCAGUCCUUCCUUAUGUUGGGGACCCAAUCAAUUCACUCAUCCCUGGCCCUGGAGAAGCACCUGGCCAGUUCUCCCCAUUCAGACCCCAUUUUGAUCCAGUGGGCCCAUUUCCAGGACCCAAUCCUGUCCUGCCAGGGCGAGGUGGCCCUAGUGACCGGUUUCCCUUCAGGCCCAGCCGAGGUCGGCCAACUGACAUCCGCCUCUCCUUCAUAUGAUGGCUUUUAAGCCCAUUUGAGCUUGCUUUAGUUCUAUUUAAUUUUUCCUUUAAAACAACAACGUCAUCUCCUUGGGGCUGCUUAUCCCUCAAAUUUUAUCGUGGCUGCACACUCCUGGACCCUUUGAAUAGGUCUGCUUUGAGCUUCCAUUGGGGAGUGCUCUUGGAUUGCCAGGUCACUGAAGGCUUCUCCAAAAAGAGAUUACAACUCCAGAAGAGACCCCAUUCUCAGAAGAGUAUUGAAGUUACAAUGUGCUCCAUCAGAUAGACAGCUUAAUAUGCAAAGUUAACACAGCUGAUGUUUCUUACAGAAAGAUGUAUAAUAAAUACUUAAGAGACCUUCCCAACUCGA